UCGGUGUCGAGACAAGGUAUUCCUCGUGGUAGAACAGAGCACAACUCCACCGGCAUCCAAACACGGACCCUAUCUAAAAUAAACGCUCCCCUCUUCCAUUAACCAAGUCAUCAUCUUAGGCUCUCCGCCAAGGCAAAUACUGAGUGUGGAUUGAGAGAACAUGUCGAAGACAAAGAAGCAGUUGAUGUCUUCAGCUCCAUGGAGGGUUGAAGAGGCUGAAGAUGAAUUCCAAGACGCGAAGCUUAAAGUGACAAGCCAGCCAGGGUCCACUCCAACCAUGCACGUUCCUAAAAAGAAAACGAAGCGCUCCAAAGACCAAGAUUAUGAAGACUCUCUCACUGAGAUCGACCCUGAGCUCCGCUAUAGCUUCCAGCGUAACUUUCAGUUCCUUCAACGGGUUUUUAGCAUCGACACUGUUGUGAAACCUCUUCCACCUCUCAUGGCGUACAAUGUCUCCCGCAACUUGAACUUCUUCACUCGUAUUUUCACACAAUUUUUUGAUCCUGAAGGUAUUGCAAGUGCGCAGAAAUCACUUGGGAUAGGGCAGGAAGAAAAAGUUCGUAAAGUUCGUUGAUCCAUAGCAAGGAAUUUAGAGUGCAGUAAUAAACAUUUUGUAAUUCUAGUUUUGACUGUGUUUGGUGUUGAAUGUUCUGUCCUUGAUAGUAUAUUGUCUCUUAAUGACGAGAAAUUCAAUUUCACAAUUUAAAUGAAAACACAGCUUGGUAGUGAAA